AUGCUAGUUGGUUUUUGGCAACUUCUGAUUAUUUUCAUAAAUAUAAUCCUAUCCUUAUCUCUUGAUCCCACUACUGUUGUCUUAGCUAUGAAUACAGGAGGCAUUACUUAUGUCUCAGCAUAUGGCUUUACAUAUUCCCCUGAUACUUAUAAUACCCAAGGCAGUUCCUAUUUUGAUGGAUCUCAAACAAUUACUCAAACACUAAAUGGCUAUAUUUAUCAAUCAGAAAGGGUUUCGACUGGAACUUGAGGAUAUGACAUCCCAGUGAGUCCAGAUGGGACUUAUGUACUGAUUCUCGAAUUUGCUGAAAUUUUUUGAACAGUGACUGGAAACAUGUAA